UGCGCUGGUCCAAAGUUAACCUAUUUUUCAUUUUCGUACAAACUUGAGAACAUGUUUCUGGCUUAAAAAAAAGUUAUGUAAUAAAAAAUGAAUACAAAAAUGAAAGGAGAAAGAUCAUUUGAAAGAGAUAAUGGUUCUUCUAACGACGAAAAUGUGGGAUGGUUGACAACUGUGGGGAAGAAAAAAGUACAAAAACAUAAAUCCCCAAAAAAGAUAAAAUGCAAGACAUUAUUCAAAAGAAAACCUCUUGUACUGUUGAAUGAUAAACAAAAAACUAUUCACUCUUUUUUUGAUGUGGGCAAGGAAAGUAAGGAUAAAACUGAUUGUCAUCAGAUGUAUUCUGCAAAUGGAAGUUUUUUUAAAGAUCAAGAGAACUCGGAAGCUUAUCUUAAAAGUUUAAGGGAAAUCUUAACACAACCAGAAGUUGGAUGUCAAAGAACAGAAGCAAUUUCUCCAACAAAAACUGUUCAUGUUAGUGCCAAACCCAAACUUCAUCGUGUUUAUAAAGAUUCUGAUAGAAGUAGGUACUUUUCUAUGGCUCGUAAUCAUCUUGAACAUGCAAUCAAAUGUAGAAAAGUUGAUGCUGGUGAUUAUAACUUUCAACAUCAUUCUGAGAUGUCUACUUUGGAUAAUGAUGAUGAUGAUCUUGAUUUAAAUAGCCAAAACGAAGGAUUAGUCCCUUUCGUACCCAUACUAGUGUCAUCACUUAAUACACAACUCUCUCUGGAAUCCAGUCAGAUUGGAGAAUUUGUUUCAAAACCAGUAUCAUCAACUGAUAUGCAGUGUAACAUUCUUGAUUCCAGCCAGGUUGAAGGAUCAGUUCAUAAAACAAUAUCAACUUUUAAUAUAGAUUCUUCGUUUGUACCAACAUCAUAUCAGAGAAUUUAUUCCAAAAACAGUAUUAAUUGACACACAAGGUAACUUUCCUGACUCCAGCCAGAUUGUAGGAUCAGUUCCUAAUACAGUGUCAUCAAUACAGUUCUCUCCUGAACGCGGUAAGGUUGGAGAAUUUGGUCCAAACCAAUUAUCACUGGGUGUCACACAAAGUAAAUGUUUUGACUCCAGCCAAAUUGAGAAAUCAGUUUCUAAACUUAAAUCAACAAUUAAUACACAAUUCUCUCUUCUUGAAUCCAGUCAAAUAGGACCACGUCCCUUUGUCCCCAUACAAAUGCCAUUUAAUACACAGUUCUCACUUGACACCCAGGAGCUACAUCUUUGAAGUACAUUAACUAUAUUAUAAUUUAAUAUACAGUUCUAGUUCUGUCUCAUGCAUUAUAGUGAUGAACAAAUGAUAGUAUUAUUAGCUAAUGCAGUCCUACCUUGAAUCUUAGACAUUCAGCUCUCAGAUUUAUACUAAUAUCAUCAAUUAAUGUGCUAUUUUUCAUCUCUACUAGAAACAACAGUGACGUGAAGUUGUCCCUAACAGUUUUUAAUCAUCAUUUUAAAAUAUUUUUGAGCACAAGUUACUGAGUGACAAAAUCUAAACUGUUUUAGGACUACUUAGGUAAAUCCCUUCGUAUAACAGCGAAAAACAAUAUACGAAUGAAGAAGUAUUUUAAUAUUUUUUCUUAUUUUAAGUAUUGUUUCUAGUUGAAUGAAUUAAA